GCAAUACCAAGUUCCCAAGUACCAAGUUUUGUCAUAAAGUUCUGAGUUAAUUUUUGUUGUUUUUCAAUUUGGUUGGCUUCCAAUUUUAUUAAAUUUACCACUACCUUCUUAUAUUUUAGUUUAAAUAACGGAAAUAGUUUAAAUUUAUCUUUCCUUUGUUUGUGCUAACGUCUACCAGGUAGUUUUACUAAAAAAGUACAUUUAACCAAACAUUCCAAAAAAUUUAACUUUUAUACGGAACAUAUUGUACGUAUCCACGUAAUUUUGUCCUGGGACCUUGGCGGCUGGAUAUUAUUAACAUUUUAAACGGCCGGCCGAAAUCGAUAUAAAGGCCGCGAAAGCAGUCGAACACUGCAUUUAUUGCAAGACCAUCAGUCGGAACAGUCGUGCGCGAGUCUUCGAAUUAAGAAAUUAAGGAUCAGCCCUAACUUGAAAAGACUUGAGAAGAUGGCUAUCUCACUGCCACAAGAUUCUGAUUAUAAAACAGCCAAAAUUGUCCUCAACAAUGGGAUUGAGAUGCCUGCAUUGGGAAUGGGAACUUAUAGAGUGAGAACUGAACAAGAAAUUUUCACUCUAGUCGACAAUGGUUUGAAGGCUGGCUACAGGCUAUUCGAUACUGCUGCAAUCUACGGAAAUGAAGCUUUCCUGGGCCAGGCCCUGCGUACCUUCCUGCCAAAAUAUAACCUUGAGCGAGAAGAUAUAUUCAUCACAUCUAAGCUUGCGAUAAAUGCUUCAGCACCGGCCGACCAUGGUACUGUGGCGGUUCCCAAAGCAUUUAAUAAGUCCCUGAAUAACCUGGGACUGGACUAUAUCGACAUGUACUUGAUCCACUUCCCGGGAGCGGCGAGGGUGCAUAACCAGUCUCCGCAAAACGCCCGGCUGCGGACUGAGUCCUGGAAGGCCAUGAUCGAGCUGUAUGAUGAUGGCAAAGUGAACGCUAUUGGUGUGAGCAACUACACCAUUGCGCAUCUCAACGACUUUGAGAACAACCAUCUCGAUUUGCCUGUUGUUAAUCAGGUGGAGUUCCACCCGUUCUGCAACCAAGCUGACCUGCUGCGCUAUUGCAAGUCGCAGUACAUCUGCGUCCAGGCCUACUGUUCGUUCGGGGGUCUAUCCGUUGGUUCCAAAGACCUGAUCGAUCACCCCGUGGUCAAGAAGCUGGCCAAGAGCUAUGAGGCUACUCCAGCCCAGGUCCUGCUGGUCUGGGCUCUGCAGCAGGAGGUCCCGGUGAUCCCGAAGGCCACCAGCCCUCAGCACAUCGAGGAGAAUAUAAAGCUCGACUUCAGGCUCAAUGAGGACGAGAUGAAGUGUCUCACCAACCUAGCUCCGGUCACCAGCCGGUACGCCUGGGACCCGACUCACGUCCGUUAAAUGUUUUCAAUGUAUAGAUACGAUUUGGGGAUCCCUAGCAAAAUUUUAAUCAAAUUAACUCUCUUUUGUACUCGAUUUAUUUAGAUUUAAUUAUUUAUUUUUUCUAGUUUUGUUUUGUACUCGAUUUAUUUAGAUUUAAUUAUUUAUUUUUUCUAGUUUUGUUGUUUAUUUGUUUUAUUGAUUUCUGUUAGAAAAAUUUAAAUUGUUCGUUGUGUUUUUUUUAUAUAAUUUAUGAAUUCAAGUUUAGUUGUAACUUUAUUACCAACUGUGAUAUAAAUAGAUGUAAUUGUUAAUAGCUGUUUUUUUACGUUCAAAUGUUAGCUAUUUGUUGUUAUAGAAAAGGUGAUUCUUCCUAAAAGUUAAGAUUUCGCCAGAGAUAUUACCCUUAUUCUUAAAACUUUACUGUAUAAAAGUAGUGUAAACGUUAAACAUGUUUGAAACAUGUCUAGUAUUACCUAUUAUAUCUUAAAUGUAGUUAAAAAAAUUAAAAAAAAUGUACCAUGUAUUAAAUGGCAUAUGAUACGAUUUGGCCUAUGUGCGAAUAAAUGUGAUGGAAACAAAUAUAACAAUCAA